AUGAGAUUCUCAAUCCUCGCUCUGUUCGCCUUGGCCUCAGUCACCUUGGCCCAGGACAGUACUAGCCAGGAUCCGGGUCCGUCCCCCACUGCAUCUGUCGGGUGUGAGCCACACGGGGACCACUGGCACUGCGAGGGGCCAGCAUCGACAUCAGAGACUGUCACCCCAGCCGUUCCUAGCCCAACCGAAUCUGUAGGCUGCGAGCCGCACGGCGACCACUGGCAUUGCGACGGCCCCGCCUCGACCACCGCAGAGGUCACUACUACGGGCACCCAUUCCCACACGGAUGAGGCCGAUACCACCGCGACUCCAACUAUUCCCAGUCCAACCGAGUCGGUUGGUUGUGAGCCUCACGGCGACCAUUGGCACUGUGACGGUCCUGCUGAGACGGGAGCCUCGACAUCAAGCGGCAGCAGCAGCAGCGGUUCGACUGGCACCAGCACAGGCACUGCUGCCUCUGCCUCAGGAACUGGAUCGGGUGAGGACAGUGCGGCCGGGCACGUCGGUGUUCAACUUUCCGUUGCGGUCGGGUUGACGCUGGGAGUCGCGGCAUUGCAACUUUGA